AGCGUGUGGAAAACUUUUACACAGAAGAGAACACGCCCACCCACGGUCCGCUCCAGUCCCGGUUUACCAUCCGACCAAGAGGACCGGGGGAGGCGUGGCUUUGUUCAUUUCGCGCGAAAAUUCGUUUCUUCUUCCUGUGCAGUGUGCGCACUUCCGGAGAACGUUUGCGGACGGCGUCUGUGUGCUGGGGCUCUGCUCGUCCUCGUUUUGUUUUCGUGUUCGGUUGUGAGGCCAGCGGCAUGUCUCAGGCUCGGGUUACCGACUUCUACUCCCGGAAGAAGAAAGCCACUGGCGGCCCAACCAAGCCAGCAGAUCCACGCAGCGCGUUCUCGUGUUCGUCGACAGUUCAUGAAGAGUUCCUCCGCGUAAUCGACGAGGCCGCGGGGCUGGAUCAUGGCGCGGAGCAACCCCCCUCCAGCCCCCGCACCCCCAAGCGGGGCUCGGCUGACCUCGGAGCGACCGUGUCCGCCGCAGCCGCUGAGCACAGCACCGCCAAGAAGAGGCGCCAGGCGGAUCUCGGAGCACCGGCAGCCGCCGCAGGAGCAGAGAGGCCGGCGAGGCGGUCUGCCAGGAAGAAACUGGAGCUGCCCGCAGACACGGCACAGGUCCUGGAUAAAGAGGACAUCGCUGCUCUCAAGUCACGCCUUCUGAGGAUUAAGAAGCAUGUAGAUGAGAUCCCUGCCACUGCGUCCUCAGCUUCAGCUACACCCUCUUCCUCUCCGUCUUUAGUGCCUGACAGUAGCUCCUCUGCUGUUCCUAAAACCAUCAGUUCUGCGUCUGCUGAAGCUAAGACCCUGAAGUUCACUGUAGCUCGGGCCAAAGAGCUUGCAGCUAAAGCUCAGAAGAGGAAGGAAGCAAAAGCAGUCGAGGAGCAUGAGCUGACUGAGACCCGUGCUCAGGACAGCACCGAGCAGCCAGCGUAUCAGCGCUAUCACACUCUUGCUCAAGAUGCCCCCCCAGGCCUCUCACUCCCCUACCAUUACAAGGUGCUGGCUGAGAUGUUCAGAAGCAUGGACACUGUGGUCGCCAUGUUGUACAACCGCUGUGAGACCGCAACCUUCACCAAGAUCAAACGGGGAGUUCAGGACAUGAUGCACAAGCGGUUUGAAGAGAGCCAUUUGGGUCAGAUAAAGACUGUGUUUCCUGAGGCGUACACGUUCCGGCAGGAGAAACACAUCCAAGCUUUCAACAGCAGCAUUAAGAGGGGAAGCUACCAGCUGACCGUGGACCCCAUCAUCGUCCCCGAAAAUAGCGAGGCUCGACCUGUGCUGUCAGCCUCUCGUCUCCUGGAGAGAAGACGCAUCUUCCAUCACAACCUGGUUUCCAUUGUCAAACAGCACCACAAGGUUUUCCUGUCCUUGUUGGAUCCCCCGGUGUUGGUUCCAGAAGACAAACUGACCCGCUGGCAUCCUCGCUUUAAUGUGGACUCUGUGCCGACUGUCCAUACGAGCGCAUUGCCUCCAACUCCUCGCCCUGAGAAACUGGCCACAGCUCAGGAGGUGCUCGACAAGGCCUGCUCACUCAUCACACCUAAGAUGGAGAAGGCUCUGAUUGGGCUGGCUCUGAAGACAGAAGACAAAGCUGCUCACAAAGAGCCAACAUCUCAGGAGAACCCCACAGUCCCCCAAACAUCAGCUGUCCCUGCAGUCCCAAAUGCCCUGAAAGGGGUGUCCCAGUCUCUGUUGGACCGGAUUCGGGCAAAGGAGGCACAGAAGCUCCAGGCAGCCAUGACUCGUAAUAGCAACCAAGAGGAGCGCCUGUUAAUGAUGUCACGACUUGGGGAGCUGGCACGGAUUCUCCGCAGUGUGUUUGUUGCAGAGAAGAAACCGGCUUUAACGAUGGAAGUGGCGUGUAACCGGAUGGUCGCAAGCUACAGAUCUGCUCUGAGCACAGGUGAAAUGGAGAAACACAUCCAUCUGCUGGCAGAAGUGGCUGGUGAUUGGCUGACUCUUCACACAGUGAGGAAGGACUUGUACCUGAAGUUGAAUAAGAACAUGGAGCUCAGCACUGUGACGGACAAAGUGAACAGCAGACUCCGAGAGGAAGAGAGACUCUGAUCUGAGGCCUGGUGGCCUUUAAUGUGACCGCCUUGCAGUAUUUUAGCGCGUUUGCCUUGUUUGGAUAAUACAUUGGAGGCACAGCUCCAGGAGUUGAAGGUGUUCUCCUGACAUGCUUUGUCCUGAGUUGUUUGAAACAUUGAUGCAUUUUUUUUUUUUUUUUCCUCCACAUUCCAAAGUGGAACACGAUGUUCUGACUUUGUUAUUAGGAUCACUUUUCUAUGCAGUAAACUCAUUUUGCAUUUUAGAUUCAGAGUCACUGUUUGAUGAGAAUGUUUAAGAAACACAGUAAAGUGCUGCAGCAGCUUUCUUUUUGUGUUAUACAACUGUCAGAAACAGUGGAUUCAUUAUGAGGAUGGGAUCUUGACACAAACAGCUUAGCAGCAGCUCCAGAGGUGCUGUGGCUGUUUGUGAUAUUCUCAUUAUUGAUACGAGGGCAUAAAACAGGUUCAUUCAUACACUGGAAGCUACUAGCUGAUGUAACUCAUCAGCUUUGCUGUUGUGACCAAACCCAAGACCCGUUUCAGGUCGUGUUCAGGUGUAAGCAGACCAUAUUCAUGACAGCUGGUGUGCAUUGUUUUACAUUCUCACUCAAGCAAAGCACAGCUGUGUCUGCAGCUGAUGUCAGGGCCUGGAAGCCAAUUUAAACUGCACACAUACACUUGAUGGCAUUAAACCAAUAUUAAGCUCGUCUGUCUCACAGAUUUAAGAAAAUGUUUCAGCAUAGACCGUGAUGAUGAUUUAGUCAUCAGUGUGUUUGUUUUUAGACGUUACAUGAUGUGACCGCAGUGGGAGAUAAAAAGUUACAGAUGUGUUGUAUACGUUAUUGCACACUUACACCCAGUAAAGCUGGUUUUGGUCAUUUGCAGUGGAACGUUUUUAUUUUCAGUCAUCACAGUUGACGGAGGCUGCUGUGUGUCCAUGUACAGCCUGCAUCUUAAUUCUUAAACUAUAUUUUGUAUUCUUA